UCCUAAAGAAAUGUCCAAGAGCGUAGCUAGCUAAUAGCUAACAGAAUUAAUUUGGAAAAUAAUAACAAUAUAUUUUACAUCAGCUAUCUAUCCUCAAACUGUAUUUACUAGAAGCAGAUACAAAUUGAAAAACUGCCUUUUACAAGCUUCUUCCUCAUUCAAUGGGGUCAGAGUUCAGUAAAUAUUGGUGAUGUCAUGGUCUGAAGAUGGCUGAAGGAGAAAGCUGUGAAGGUUGGUGGGGAGGCUGGCUUCAACAAAGCUUCCAGGCCGUCAAAGAUAAGUCAUCAGAGGCAUAUGAAUUUAUAAAGCGUGACCUGACAGAGUUCUCCAACGUGGUGCAACAUGACGCUGCGUGUUCCAUCGUGGCCACAGCAAGUGCCGUUAGAAGCAAACUAGCGGUGGAGGGCUCCUCUGAUACCACAGAGAAGGUGAAGAAGAGCCUGUCCAGUUUCUUAGGAGUGAUAACAGACACCCUCGCUCCUCCCCAGGACAUGACCAUCGACUGUGAUGUCAUCACGCUAGUGGCAACUCCAGCAGGCACCACAGAGGUGUAUGACAGCACCAAGGCUCGUCUCUACAGUCUGCAGGCUGACCCUGCUACAUACUGCAAUGAGCCUGAUGGUUCCCUAGAGCAGUUUGAUGCGUGGCUCUCCAGCUUCAGCCUGGAGGAGAGGAAAGGAGAGAUCUCCGACCUCCUGGUCAACACCCCCUCUAUCAGGGCCCUUUACACCAGAAUGGUGCCAGCAGCUGUAGCUCAUUCUGAAUUCUGGCAGCGGUAUUUCUACAAAGUCUUUCAGUUGGACCAGGAGGAGGCCAGGCGACUGGCCUUGAAGCAGAGAGCAGAGCAAACUACCCACACAGAGGCUCUGGGCUGGGAGGAGGAGGAUGAAGAUGACUUCCUUGGCGCCACGUCUUCAUCUCGCCUGGACUUCACGCCCCCAUUGGACGACCCUACUACCCAACUGUCCCCACUUACACCAGUCACAAUGGCGACGACCCCACUCAGCCCCAUCCCGUCUCCGAGCGGGGAGCGCUCCUCUCCCCUCUCCCUGAGCAGCGACAGCGGCAGCCUGCCCACCCAGGUGGAGGUGAGACCAGCCAGGCCACAGCCUGUAGUCGUGGAGCUGUCCCAGAAAUUCAACAAGUCCAGCCUGGAGGAGAGAAAGCCAGAGGGGCAGCAGGAGGAGGAGAAGAGGGUUCAGUUAGAGGCCCCAGCCCAGCCUGAGCCCACAGAGAAGGCUACAGCUGAGAGAAUAACAGUCCAGGCCCCAGCUACCACAGUCCAGGCCCCAGCUACCACAGUCCAGGCACCAGCUACCACAGUCCAGGCACCAGCUACCACAGUCCAGGCCCCAGCUACCACCAUCAGACCAGAGACAGAGGGGCCCCAGGACCUGAGGGUGUUUGAGCUCAACUCUGAUAGUGGGAAGUCUACACCUUCAAACAAUGGCAAGAAAGGGUCCAGCACAGAUGUCAGUGAGGACUGGGAGAAGGACUUUGACCUGGACAUGACAGAAGACGAGGUCCAGAUGGUGCUCUCUAGAGUUGAGGCUACAGGAGAGCUGGAGGAGAACUGGGAGAACUGGAACUGAUUGCUGUGGCGUACUGUUUCUAUCCCGCCAUUAAAGCCAGUUCUCGGCAGACGAACCAUGCUUAACGUGUUUUACCUCUGUCCAUGCCGUCACCGUGUCACGUUUGUUCGUAGGGGAAUGUCCCUUUGGUUUGGACCAUGUUGCUGAAGGCUAGCAUAGCAAUGGCAAUCCAAGACAAUAAGGUUAGAGCCAAGGCACCAUCAGCUGUCAGUUUGUGCAUAUAGGUUUCAAUGCUGAUUUACUCAGUCUUUUUGGUUAUUUCUUGAAAGCUGCUGCUCUCCCUCUAUCUUCUGAAAUGCCAUUAAGUACAUGUAAAUUGUUGCUAGUGAACUUCUUCAAAGUUCUGAGUGGUGGGAAUUAUUACUUCACUUUAGGCUGAAGAAUAGCCAUAAAACUGUAACGCUGCUUAUCACCUUUCAUGAGAUUAAAUUCUUCGUGUGAUUUAUUGAAUGGUGAAUAUAUUGAUUUAAACAUUUUUUUAUAUAUAUUUUUUUCCCCCUCAAGUGAUUUACUAACUCGUCUAUCUUAUGCAAGUGAAUAUUCAUAAGGGAACAUAUUUUGGCCUUUAUAGAGAGCAUUCAUUUUGGAUUCACUCCCAACCCUAGAUACAUAUGACCUUGACAGACAAGUGAUAGUGUGAACAAGAUAUCCAAACGUUUUGUCACAGAUCUGAGUUGUGCAUUUGCCAUUCUGUCUGUUUUCAUCCCUGCCCUGCUAAGUAAUUGACAUGAACAUAUCAGUUCUUCUGUGACCUCCAGGGGCCACGUUUCCGCUUUAUUUCCUGUCUCUGCUACAAUAAUCUAUUAUUCGAUCAGUGCACGUCUAAUAUUAUUCUGGAUGGGUAAGGGUCUCAUUUAUUGUCAAUCGUCAAAAGAGAAUAUGAAAAUGAUGCAAUAAAGAGCCUGCAAAAUGUUUCAGGUGUCAUGGUGCCAGAGUAUUGGGCUUGGAUGUCUGAGGAGGUAUGGCCUGUUGUCAUGUUAUUUCUGAUGUAAAAUAAUUAAUGAGAUCCCACAGCCUGCUUAGUAUGGACAUAUAGACUGCACAAUAGCUCUGAGUAUGGAGUUGCAGAGAGCCAAGAGGAAAUGAGGGCUUUGUCUGCUUGAUUUAUUUAACAAUACAGUAUAGACUAGCUUCAUUCUGCACUAUCGCUUCAUACUAUUCUGCUAUUUUAUUGUCAUAAUUGUCUUGAUCAGUGUAAACCGUGGCCAAGACUCAAAGCAUAACGAUUUAGUGUAUAGAUCUCUACAAUUACUGCUUUUCAUGUGAAUGUUAUUUCUCUGAGCAUUGUUUUGCAUGUCAGUGCAAUCACUUAUGCAAACUGUUGUACAGCAGGUGUACUGUUUUAAGUUGUAAGGUCGCUUACUAGCUUGUAGUUGCUAAAGGAAUUACCUGUUUAUAAUGAAUUGAUUGAUAUGUUGCAUGUCUCAAGUUAUCUAUGUAUUUCAUGUUAAUACAUAUAUUUACACUUUAAACAAUAUGUUUAAAGCUGUUCAUUUUAGGCAAUUAUAUUUUUCUCUAUUUUUCAAAUGAUCAUUGUCAUUAAAAAGAGUAUCAUGUAAA